CAAGAGAAUAUCUCUUGCUCUGGCUGAUCUCGCAGCUCAAACUUCGUUUUCAUCUCGCUCAUUCUAAGAUCCCUUCGUCACUCUCUCUCGACAAAUUUCUCGAAAAUCUCCCCUUUUCUUUCUCCUGCUCGACGAUCGCUACGCUUCAGAGGAAUGGAUCACGAUCUCGACAAAUUCCCCUUACUCUCAUAUGUCCUCCACCAUUUCGAUCCGGCAUCUCACGCGCCGCCGUCUCCAGCGGCUCAGCAAGCGCUCAUGACCCGUUUCUCCUACCUCACCGAUCCACAGGUCAUGUCCGCUCUCAUCGCUUCUCUUCCGCCCACGAUCACACAGACCCUUUUCGUCUUACGGUCCCUCGGUCCCCGACCCGACCCGUCUGCUGUCUCCGGGGCCCGUUCGAGGAUCGCUCAGAUCCGACAGAAUCCGUCGUUGUCGCCGGAGGAAGCGGCAAAGGAGGCGGAGAUGUACACGGCGGUGGUGCGGUUGGAGGAUGUGCACGAGGGCUACGAGAGGCAGCUGAUGGACGUGGAGGAGGAGCUUGUUAGGGCUUAUGCUUCGGCGGUGGAGGUUUUGGGCCGCGACGAAGUGAACGAGGAGGUUGUUGCGGUGCUCAAGCAGGCGGAGGACGGGGUCUCCGUCGAGAGGGUGGAUCUCUCCGGCCGGCAAUUAAAGCUUCUUCCUGAAGCUUUCGGGAAGAUUAAUGGCUUGGUUUCCCUGAAUCUCUCUCACAACGACCUAAAGUUCAUACCGGAUGCAAUCUCUGGACUUCAGAAACUCGAGGAACUUGAUGUUUCUUCCAACAUCAUGCAAUCUCUCCCUGAUUCUAUAGGACUUUUACUUAACCUCAGGUUCCUUAAUGUGUCGGGAAAUAAGCUAACUUCCCUCCCUGAAAGCGUCGCUCAAUGCAGAUCGUUGGUCCAGUUAGAUGCGAGCUUCAACAAUCUGACUUCUCUGCCCGCAAACAUCGGAUAUGGAUUACUGAGCCUUGAGAGAUUAUCAGUCCAGCUGAACAAGCUCCGUUACCUGCCAGUUUCGAUCUGUGAGAUGCGGUCGCUUAGGUACUUAGAUGCACACAUGAACGAGAUCCACGGCCUUCCACAUGCGGUCGGGAUGCUGAUAAACCUCGAGGUUUUGAACCUGAGCAGCAACUUCAGCGACCUGACUGAACUUCCAGACACGAUCUCGGACUUAGCCAACCUGAGGGAGCUCGAUCUCAGCAACAACCAAAUCCGAGCCAUACCCGACUCGUUUUUCAGGCUGGAGAAGCUGGAGAAACUGAACUUGGAGCAGAACCCACUCAUGAUACCUCCACAGGAGGUGGCUAAGGGUGGAGCUGAAGCAGUGAGAGAGUUCAUGAGAAGGAGAUGGGCUGAGAUGGUGGCGGAGGAGCAGCAGAGGAGCGUCGAAGAGGCAAACAGACAACAAGGAGGGACAGGAGGCUGGCUGUCUUGGGGGACAUCUAUGGUAUCUAACCUUGUAUCUGGGGUUUCUCAGGCAGUUGCAGGACAUGGCGGUGGAGCUAAGAACCCUAGAGACUCAUAUUUAGAUCAACAGCUGUGAUUUUUUUCUUUUUUUUUUUGGUGUUUGGGUUUUCUUGGUAACCUGUUGAACUCAUGUGUGGUCUAACCUUUCUUUGCAUUUGCUGGAACUGGUUUGUGUGUAUCUUGGUCUGUUAUUUCUUUAUAUUAAUUAUCAUAAUUAUGGCAUUUUUCUU